AUGGCCACAAAGGAAGAAGUGAGUGUGAUGAUUGUGUCCAAUGCUGCACAAGGACACAUUAAUCCUACCCUAAGAUUUGCCAACCGUCUUAUUUCAAAAAAUGUUCAUGUCACCAUAGUCACAACCGAAUUGGUCCAAAACCGUAUUCUUAAUGCCCACAAUGUCCCCUCAACUACCUUAAACCAACAACCUUCCCAAAACAAACAAAUCCAAUUUGAGUUUUUCUCUGAUGGCCUUAGCCUCGAUUUUGAUCGUGAGAAAAACAGUGAAACCUUUAUCAAUUCCAUGAAAACAAUUGGUGCCAAAAAUAUGUCAACACUCAUAACAAACCUUGCCAAAGUACGUGACUAUUAUUGCAUAAUUGUUGAUCCUGUUUUGUUGACAAAUAUUGAAAAUGUUUCUAAUGAACUUAACAUACCCGUUGCAUUUCUUUGGAUGCAACCUUGUGCUACAUUUUCUAUUUCUUAUCGUUACUUUAGGAAUGUUAAUUCAUUUCCUGAUUUGAAUAACCCUAAUGAGAUAGUUCAAUUACCUGGACUUCCUUUGCUGAAGGUAAGAGAUUUUCCUACUUAUAUGCUUCCUUCAUUUCCUCCACAUUGUAGACAAAUUAUGGUUGAUAUGUGUCAAGCUUGUGACACUAAUGUGAAAUGGGUUAUAGCUAAUACAGUCUAUGAAUGGGAAGUAGAGGGUGUGAAAUCAAUGUCCUCUUUAUCUCCCGUUUACACAGUUGGACCGUUGGUUUCGGAUUUUAUGAUCGGAAAAAAUGAUGUUACUAAUAAUAAUAUGAUUAACAUGUGGAAUGUUGAAGAUUCAUGUAUCGAUUGGCUCGACAAUAAGCCAAAUUCAUCUGUUAUUUAUAUUGCAUUUGGUAGUAUAGUUGUGUUGACACAAAAAGAGGUUGAUAAUAUAGCUAAUGCUUUGAAGAAUAGCAAAAAAUCAUUUUUGUGGGUUAUUAAGCCUACAUUGAAAGGUUCUGAAAAUGAUGCUACGGAAUUUCCAAAAGGGUUUUUGGAAGAAACAAAAGGAAGAGGUUUGGUUGUAACAUGGUGUAAUCAAGAGAAGGUUUUAAGCCACCCUGCAGUGGCUUGUUUUUUGUCUCAUUGUGGUUGGAGUUCAAUGAUUGAGAGUGUAACUGCUGGUGUGCCAGUUAUUGGUUAUCCAUAUUGGUUGGAUCAACCAACUAUUGCUAAGAUUAUAGUGAAACAAUUUGAUAAUGGGGUGAUAUUGAAUUAUGAGGUAAAUGAGGUGCCUAGUGUUGAAGAGAUAGAGAGGUGCAUUAAGGAAGUGAUGGAGGGGCAAGAAGCUAAGGAGAUUAAGAAGAGGGCAUUGGAUUUGAAAGGUAGUGUGAAAAAAGCAUUAGAGGAAGGUGGUUCUUCUGAUAAGAGUAUUGAUCAAUUUAUCAAUGAUGUUGUUGAUGCUCACAAUUUAGCUAAAGCUUGA